AUGCUGCCCACAGACUCCACAGAAAUAACACUUAUUUUCAGAACAAACUAUCAAACAUACCCCGGGCAGCAGAUGUUCAUCAGUGGAGAUCAUCCAUUGUUAGGAGAGUGGUCUCGAACUCGUGCUUUUGCAAUGAGAUACGUGCGAGACUCGAAUGAUUCUCUGAAUUGGGUUGGAAAGAUCACAUUUAGGAAACCAAUACGCCAAAUUGUAACUAUCGAAUACAAAUACAUUCUCCUUACAUCAAGUUUUGAUCCAAAUGAUCCUAGAUUUCAAGGUGACGUCCGAAGAGAUACAAAUGCCGAAGUUUGUUGGGACUCUGGUCCUAACAGAAAGAUAGUUAUUGGUGAAGUAACUCAAUCUCCUUAUCUAGUUAUGACAUCUGAUUUGUUUCAAUCUCAAAUCGAACUUCUGGAGCAUGUAUUCUUGAAAAAUACAUUCAGAGAUGUCAUAUAUUACCAUCCUAUCAACAAAACUCAUGAAAUACUCAGAGAUGUGAAACCAACUCAAAUUACACAGGUUCGAUUUCGACUUUUAGUGUUACAACUACCCCCGAAUUACCGUGUUUAUAUCACAGGCGAUUCUUCCGUCUUCGAAAAUUGGAAGAAAUACGUUCCUUUGGUUCCGAUUAACAACUUAUACUGGGAAAUAGCAAUCGAUAUGCGGAAUGAUACGAGACCGUUCGACUACAAAUAUUUGAUACUCAAAGAUGGUGACAGUACACCAAAAUGGGAACAUCGUCCUAACCAUAAAUUUUAUUUCCCAUUUGAGAACCCGAGUGUCUUAAUCAUAAGCGAUUGGCUCUUUAAAUUCCCUGUAGUCAAGUUUCACGGUGCUGGAAUCAUCACAAGUCUUUAUUCAAUUCAUUCACGAAAAUCUCUCGGAAAAGUCGGCGAGUUCAUGGACCUAAAACUCUUAGUUGACUGGGCUAGCCGCGCAAAUCUACUUUUAAUCCAUUUACUUCCUUUACAAGAUACAGAUCGAGGUCUUGAUGGCCCGGAAACGAAUCCUUCCCGUCAAGUGUCGGCCUUUGCAUUCAACCCGAUCUAUUUAACGCUUAGCCGUGUUCAAGGAUACAAAUCUGACCCAACUGUCAAGAGAUCGACCUAUUUGAACGUAUAUCUUGCGAAAAUAAACGCAUUACGAGAGAUUUUCAGUACAAUUGAUCGCUCAAAGCUCCGAAAAGAUCCAGAAUUUCGCGAAUUCGUUACAUCUAACAAUUGGUGGCUUCAAAACUACUCUCUCUGGGCCAGUUUAAGAGAUGAGUGGCUGGAGAAAAAUCCACCGCCAAAUCAUGACGAAAAAUCCGAAAAAUUAGAAUUUCCUCCAUUUACAGAUUUUGCGCUUCCUGAUCUACUCCUUACACCCGUUAUUGAAAGCAAGCGCGAUAUCAACUGCCUGUUUAUCGCCUGGGUCCAGUUCAACUGUUAUAAGCAAAUGGCCGAGGUCAGUGAGUACGCCCGUAGCUCCAGAGUAGUUCUAAGCUCCACAAUGACUAUUGGCCAGCGCCAUGGAAGUACCGAUACAUGGUCCCAUCCCGAGUUAUUUGAUGAAGAGUAUAAUAUUGGGGCUCCACCGGAUAUUUUCUCAUUCCAUGGCCAGAACUGGGGCUACCCAUCAUGGAACUGGGAGCAGAUGCGGAAAACUAACUACCAAUGGAUCAAACAACAGAUUUUUUUCAGAAGUCAGUUUUUCUCGGCAUGUAUGUUCGACCAUCCACUCGGAUUGUUCCGUUGCUGGAAUAUUCCAUGCGAUGUCGAGAAUCCUCUUUUGGGCCACUUUGUCCCUUCGUCACCUGUUGACGUCAAAUCUCUUACCGAACUUGGUCUGAGAGACAUUUCCCAGCUUUGCCGUCCUAUCUUCCCCAUCUCCGACGCGUUGAGCUUCUCUCUUCCCGAGAAUGUCCGCGAGCAAAUCAUAAAUCUUCUCGCAACAUGCGAUGGUGGUAACUGGCGCUUCAAAGCCGACUACGAGACUGAUACCUCGAUCAAACAGGCUCUCGCGAAUAUCGCUGCCGACUUAGAUAUCGAGAAAAAGCUUCAGCUUUCUUUAGCUGAAAAAAUUUUACUUUCAUAUUUCGAAAGUGUCUGUUUGAUACCUGAUAAAACAGCUCCACACGAGAAAUACUACCCGAGAUUCUCAAUGACUGACUCCGCAAUCUUCAAACUACUUCCAGAACGAGAUGCACAAGUCCUUUACAAGUUAUUUGUUGACUUUUAUUACAGAACAAAUCUCUCUAUGUGGCAUGAAAACGGUGCACAAAACAUUGGACCAUUUGCUUCUGCGCCAAUCCAAUUCUUUGGAUAUGAUUUAGGUGUAACUUUAAAUGACGAAGAAAAAGCUCUGCACAGAGUUGGAAUUUGUUCAUUUAGAGUACAAAGAAUUCCAAGAGAAUCGACACAAAGAUUCGAUGCAACAGAAGAUUUCCCUUACAUGUCAAUUUGCACUCCUUCCCCUCACGACAUGCCUCAUUUGACUCUUUGGUGGAGACAAGAACAAGCUGAUGUUCAGCUGUUUUACCACCAAAUUCUAAAAAUGAAUGGUGUCGCUCCUUUGGAGAUAAACAAGGAUAUCGCAAGAGGAAUAAUCAAGCAGAACUUGGCGAGUGAUUCUAUGUGGUGCGUGUUUGUUUUUGAUGAUUUGUUCGCUCUGAGCGAUGACUUCAAAGAAGAUAUUUCUACAACAUGGAUUUCUGACCAAACAAAUGGAAGCAGGGCUCCUUUCAAGAUGAGUGUUUGUUUGGAGGAUUUGCUUGAGAAGUCUGAUUGGAAUGACUUGAUUGUCAACAUGGUCCAAGAAAGCGGGAGAGGAAGAGAUGUUUCCCGCGGUUUCGCUGAUUUGUAUUAA